CUAUACGGGUGGCCUUAAUUACAGCGGCUUCCCUGGGAGGAAACUCAUAACUAGUCCCAUUUCACAGAUGCGGAAGUUGUGGCUCAGAAAAGGGGCGGAAGCUAAAGUUUGGAAAGGCAGAGGGACUUGCCCUAGGUCGCGGGACUAGAAGGUGGCGGGAUCAGGACUUGAACUGCUCAGCGGAGCGGAGCUGCCGCCAUGGCCCAGACCCUGCAGAUGGAGAUCCCGAACUUUGGCAACAGCAUCCUGGAGUGCCUCAACGAGCAGCGGCUGCAGGGCCUGUACUGUGACGUGUCCGUGGUGGUCAAGGGCCACGCCUUCAAGGCCCACCGGGCGGUGCUGGCCGCCAGCAGCUCCUACUUCCGGGACCUGUUCAACAGCAGCCGCAGCGCCGUGGUGGAGCUCCCGGCGGCUGUGCAGCCCCAGUCUUUCCAGCAGAUCCUCAGCUUCUGCUACACGGGCCGGCUGAGCAUGAAUGUGGGCAACCAGUUCCUGCUCAUGUACACGGCCGGCUUCCUGCAGAUCCAGGAGAUCAUGGAGAAGGGCACAGAGUUCUUCCUCAAGGUGAGCUCCCCAAGCUGUGACUCCCAGGGCCUGCACGCUGAGGAGGCCCCGUCAUCCGAGCCCCAAAGCCCCGUGGCGCAGACAUCAGGCUGGCCGGCUUGUGGCACCCCACUGCCCCUUGUGUCACGGGUCAAGACGGAGCAGGAGGAGUCGGACUCUGUGCAGUGCACACCCGUGGCCAAGCGGCUGUGGGACAGUGGCCAGAAGGAGGCCCGGGGCGGUGGCAGCCGUAAGAUGGCCAAGUUCUCCACGCCGGACUUGGCCGCCAACCGGCCACCCCAAGCCCCGCCUCCCCAGCAGUCCCCAGUGGUGGCAGCGGCCCAGCCUGCCGGGGUGGCCAUGGCAGCGGCAUCAGGGGCAGGGGCCGGGCAGCCGGCUGGUGGGGCGGCAGUGGUGGCAGCAGUGGCAGCAGGGGGCAUGGUGAGCGGGCCCAGCACAUCCGAGCGGACCAGCCCGGGCACCUCAAGUGCCUACACCAGCGACAGCCCCGGCUCCUACCACAACGAAGAGGACGAGGAGGAGGACGGGGGAGAGGAGGGCGUGGACGAGCAGUACCGGCAGAUCUGCAACAUGUAUACCAUGUACAGCAUGAUGAACGUUGGCCAGACAGCCGAGAAGGUGGAGGCCCUCCCCGAGCAGGUGGCCCCUGAGUCCCGGAAUCGAAUUCGGGUGAGGCAGGACCUUGCGUCUCUCCCGGCCGAGCUCAUCAACCAGAUUGGCAACCGCUGCCACCCCAAGCUCUACGAUGAGGGCGACCCCUCCGAGAAGCUGGAGCUGGUGACAGGCACCAACGUGUACAUCACGAGGGCGCAGCUCAUGAACUGCCAUGUCAGCGCGGGCACAAGGCACAAGGUCCUGCUGCGGCGGCUCCUGGCCUCCUUUUUUGACCGGAACACUCUGGCCAACAGCUGCGGCACUGGCAUCCGCUCUUCCACCAACGACCCCAGACGCAAACCACUGGACAGUCGUGUCCUCCACGCCGUCAAGUACUACUGCCAGAACUUCGCCCCCAACUUCAAGGAGAGCGAAAUGAAUGCUAUCGCCGCCGACAUGUGCACCAAUGCCCGCCGCGUCGUGCGCAAGAGCUGGAUCCCCAAGCCCAAGGCGCUCCUGGCUGAGGGCGACACCUACACCACCUUCAUUGGUGAAACGGGCAAGAUAGAGCCGGACAUGAUGGGCCUGGAGCACGGCUUCGAGACUGCCAGCCACGACGGCGAGGCUGGCCCUUCGGCCGAGGCCCUCCAGUAACGCCCACUGGACCCUCCCCUCGGGGCCGUCACACUCCCCCCUCCUGUCACACACACCCACCCACCAUCUUGGUCACGAGCUACUGUCUGUCCUUCCCCAGGACCCGUGGGGGGCGCUGCAUGCUCCCGGCCCCUCUGCUUCCCUGUCACACCCCCUUCACCCAAUACGAGCCAGGCCAGCCGGCAGGGAGAGGAUGGAGGGGCAGGUGUUGGCGAGGUUUGUGUUGCCUGCUCUGACACAGUGCACUCUCCUGACCCCUAGCAUUCCUCUCCCCCCUCACCAGGCCCCGCGUGGGAGGGGGCUGGCUCCGGGCGCUCGGGAGGGUCCCCUCCCCAGGCCCUGGGCCGCCUCAGCCUCUGCCCCUUGGGACUUGAGGGGGGUCCCUGGGGGUUCUCAGACCCCUCCUGUCACCUCCCAGUGCUUCCACGUCUCCAAAAGCGCCUUCCUGUCACCCUCGUCUGUCCCUGCACCUGGGGCUGGGGUCGGCGAGGUCACGGGGACUGUCCAUUUUAUAGCUGAGGAAACUGAGGCUCUGAGAAAUUUCCACAACCAACCUAAUGUGGCCAGCGGUAGCGGGCUCAGCACCUUUCUCUCCCCUGCCCAUCGCUGGGACUCUAUUGCCCCCAUUGGUCCCCUGGGGCCUGAAAGAGGCAGGCCUAAGGGAGGAGGGCUCUUGGGGGCAGACCAAGGGCCUCAGAGGACAGGAGAGGUGCCCGGGGCUUGCAGAGCGUGUGCGUGUGUGUGUGUGCACGCGUGUGCAUGUGUAGAGGUUUUGCUUUCAAACAGAUGUAGAUAUAAGAGGCAGUAGGACCAGGGUUGGAACCCAGGGCAGCAGGCUGGGGGGCUGCCGCCCCCCCCAUUCCCCCCGCCCCCACCCCACCCCACGGCAGGGCUCCCAGCCCCCACCCCUUGUACAUACUUUUUAAAACAUUUUUUUAGCGAAUGAAAUAUUGAAGUAUAAGAUUUCCUUUUAUUUUUCAAACCAACGGGACUGUGUCUGAUGUCCCCCCUCGGUCCCUGAAGGCCGUGGAAGGCAGGAUGGGCUGGGGGGCUGGGGGCAGGCUGAACGUGUGCGUGCGUGUGUGGGUGUGCGUGUGUGCAGCGUGGGCGCCUGUGUCCGUGGAGGGGCCCCAGUCCCAGCCGCCGCCUGGGCUCCUGUGGCUCUGACCACUCCACCUUUCCCCCCAUUCCCCCUCCCCACAGGGCUACAGUUUAAGGGUGUCCCAGGCCUUGGCCAAUUGGGCAGGGCAGGGCCCACUUCCAUUGUUAGCUAGUGUUUCCAGAGUUUUCUCUUAUUUACCAUUCCUCACUUUUCAUUCUCAUCCAGAACGAUUAUUUUUUGUUUUUUGAGUUGUGCGUGUGCACGCAGAGGGUCCUUUUUUCAUUCCCCAUUCCCCCAUAUUGGGUGUCUUUCACCUUCUCAUGGUUUUUUGUUUGUUUUCUCAUUUCUAGCCGUUGUCUCUGCCUCCCCGACUCCUACCUUCCCCUUGUUCCCAUGGCCUCUCUUCAGAGGUAGGGGGAUUUCGGGAGGUGGGGUGGGGGCCAGUACAGACCAGACCCUUUGAAACUGGUUUGGAGAACUUCCCCAUCCCCUCUCCGACCCAGCAGUCCCCCACUGGCCUGCUGGGGUCCCUCAUAACAUCUGCUCAUGGUGGGGGUGGGGAGUGUCCAUCAGGGGUGUCAGGUCGGGCUGGGGUCCCGGCGCUCUGCUUUCCUUGCCCAGCCCGAGUACCUUAGCCUCCAGCUGGCCCAAGUGUGUGGGGUGGGGAGUUGACACCCCCAGCUAAAGCACAAGCACCUUAGUCACACCUCCCUGCCCUCCCCCUGGCCUGACUCCCACCCCAGCGUUGAUCCCAAAGCACAAUAUCCUGGUCACUUGGCAAGCAGCUGGGCCUGGCCGGGGUAGGCUGGGGCUCCAGCCAGACUCCUGAAAGGAAGCCCGAGUUCCCAGGCGCUCCCCUCCUUCCAGGCCUUAGCAGGGGGCCCGCUCUCUGGGACUGGGGUCUUCUUGCCACCCCCUUGUCCUGGGCAGGCCCCUGCCCACCCCACCCCACCCCCGCCUUUUCCUCAAGUGGGGUUUGCCCCUGUCCCUCCUCCAAGCCCCCUGCAGCGCUGGGUUGGGUGGCUGAGGCCACUUGUUUCAGGGACCCCAGGAGGUACCCCUGGCUCCCAGGACUGUGUUGUGGGUCUGGGGGAAGGGGGGAGAUUGUGGGUGGGAAGAGGGACCGGGCAGGGGGUGCAGGGGAGGAAACUCCUCACCAGGAGAGCCAAAGACAGGGUUGUGCCUUACCCCAGGAGCCACCCCUGCGCCCCCCUCCCCUGCCAUUCCCCACCCCCGGGGCGGCCUGCUGCUUUCCCUUCCCUCCCUCCCAGCCCUUCUCUGAGCUGCAUGGUCCCCCCACCCUGGGCAGCCAGGAAGGAAUCCGAAUGGAGAAUCACCAAGCAAUGAAAACCUAAAAGACUGUGGGGCCCUCCCCGCAACUCAGCUUCCCCGGCCGCCCACUCACUAUUCCCGCUCCGCCUCUUUCACGCGGGACAGGCCAUCGGCCCUGCCCACGUGAAGUGCCAACGCCCUCCCCGCCCUGGGCCGAUUCCCCACCCCCACCCCCCCAGGCCCUUAAGUGAGAUUGCACAUUAACUACUGUAAGGAGAGGAGCGGCGUUGGCAAAUGUGAACCAUGAGAAUAUCAGUGAUACUGAUG